CUCGCUGAAUCACGUGAUGUACCAGAUGUUGCCGUCGAGAAUUACAUCUAUAUUUUAUGAGCAAGAAAUCUGCCACCAGUAUUGUUGAUUCUUCGAGUUUUACGAGCAAUACCAAAUGCGCUGUCCUUUUCGUGUUUAACGCGUUUGUGUGUAGCGUUUCGGUUUGAAACGUGUGGAGGAAAUUAUUAAUAUGCAUUGUGACUUUCGAUGAUAAUUUCACGGGAUAAAAUGUGGUUCGAGCGAUAACUGUUCUGCAGCCAAAACAGACAACACUCGCAUCUGACCAAUGGAUCUUUCAAGCCAUGGCGUCACAACGACGCGGAAUGACGUGCCCGCGUUCCUGAACGAGUUGAUCCCUUUUCGAUGUCCAAAGUGCGGUAACUCUCGCAGGUUCGCGACCCUCCGGGAGCUGCGACAGCACCUUCAACACGACCAUUCGUUCCAAAUGGGAUUUGUAAAGCCGCACACUCGUGCGCAGCUUUUCGACACGACCGCGACAGACAUCGACAACUGCCUGGAACGUGGACCGGAAAUUUGGACGCAGCGCUCACCGUGCUCUGACGCGAAGAAAGUGCUGAAUAAACGCAAUCUCGACAAGAACGACAAUUGGCGGAGAGAACUUCGAGAGUCGUCUCCAUUGUUGCAAUUGUUCAAGGACGAGUCGGAACACCUCGAACAGGAGGUUCAGCGGGCAAAGAUCGAGGAGAUCCGAAACAAGGCGUCGUCGAUGCAUCACCUCUCGUCUUCAAUGCUGUUCGACGACUAUACAACUAAGCUAGAUUCGAUACCAAUUAAUAUCGAUAAUCUAACCGGACAUCGCGGUCCAAGUCUGCUGUCAUUUUCGCCCAGCUUAAAUGUUAACUCGCGGAUAGGACGCGGCGGUCCGUCUACUAAUAUAUCUCGUGACGGUAUUUCAAAGAUGCCCGUCACGAUUACCGAUAUGACGCGGCCCGGCGCGCAGACUGAGGCCUUGUCAAAGUCACAUGAUUUGCUACAACACAUGCAGUCCAUCGUCGACGAGAAGUGUCUGCAACAGAGGCGCAUCAUAGAGGAUCUUGUCCGUGAAAUGCGGUCAAAGGAAAACGACCUUAAGCAAGCCAACACCGAGAGGGACAGGCUGCAGACAGAGCGAGAGAAACUUCUGACAGAGACGGAGGGUCUCGUUAGACAGGCGGACCAGUACGGCACGGCAAUGAGACACGACCUGAACCGCAGGGACGCGUUAUUGGAAAACGUGAACCGGGAGUUGAUGAUGUUGAGACAGCUGUCGGAAAAGGAGAUGAAAGCAAAGGCAAUAGACUCGAAGAAGGCCGAGGAGAGAGUCCGCCAGCUGGAAUGGCAGAGGGACCAACUGGUAUCCGAGACAGAACGUCUGCUGAGAGAGGCGGACACGGACAGUUCUCGUCUGCGCGAGACUUUGCACGAGAAAGAUCGAGAAAUAGAGCGCGUAAACGACUCGCUAAGUAAAUUAAGGACAGAGCAAGAGUCGAUGCUGGAAAAGACGCUGCAGGUGUACAGGAGCGCCGAGGAGGGCCGUCAAGCCAUGAAGAUUGCUAUGGCAACGAAAGAAGAUCAGUUACAGCACGCCAUUCAGCAGAUCAACGCUUUGACGAUCACACAGCAACGACUGGCCGAGCAGGCGCGGAUAUUGACUGACCAAGCAGACAGCAAUACUAUCAGCAUGCAACGCCUUCUGAAGGAAGCAGACAGCAAUACUAUCAGCAUGCAACGCCUUCUGAAGGAAGCAGACAGCAAUACUAUCAGCAUGCAACGCCUUCUGAAGGAAGCAGACAGCAAUACUAUCAGCAUGCAACGCCUUCUGAAGGAAGCAGACAGCAAUACUAUCAGCAUGCAACGCCUUCUGAAGGUAAAGGUGGAUCAAACCGAAGAGUUAAUGAAACAACUGGACAUGCUCAAAGCAGAAAAGCGACGCCUGGAAGACAGUAGCUGUUCCCUGGAGGACUUGGCGGAUACCAACAGAUCGGUGGUGGAGAAUCUGAAGAGCCUUAUGAGCACGAAGGAGCAGGAACUGCGAGCUACUCACACAGAACUGCAAAAUCUCAAAACUUUUCUAAGUGAAACGGCAAACAAAGAAAGAGUGGCGCGAGCAAAGCUGGAAACCUUUAUCGAGAACCUGAUCGAUAGAGCGGAAGAUGCCGAAGAAGAACUCAAAACUCUGAAGAGUUCAUCGAAUGUCUCGAUAGAACCCAACACCAGCUUAAUCACUGAAAACUCUGUAAAAACAUUGGGCAUCGAGAGCUCAGAAAGACAGGCGUUGCCUAGAACUCUCCAUCUAAAACGAGACAUUUCUGCCAACAAUCAAGAGUCAUCUAUUCAUUCAAAAAUGCGCGAGCAACAUGCCGAUUACAAAGUUCCUUCAGAUUUACAAUCAGAGGCACAGUUUACAACAAGCGCUCAACAAAUACCUCUCAACUUUGGAACUAAAUAUAAAAACUCACUAAAUCGACCAAAAAUAUUGAUGCCUGCUCCUGCUGAACGAGAAUGGCAGAGGGGCAAAGACAGAAGGGAACAUAAAUCUCUUUCCAGACAGAUUGGAAGAGGUUACAGACCCAACCAAAGUGAAGCUGAAAGCCAUGUAAGACCCAACCAAAGUAAAGCUGAAAGCUAUGUUAAACCUGAUUCGGAAUAUGCUUGGGAGAUGUCGGACAAUCAUGACGUUGAAGCAUCGGAUAGCGAAGUAGAGGAGUUGGAAAAACAUGAGACAGAAGACAUUGAAGUUGACGACUUUGAUCAAACUGAUGAUAAAGCAAAGACAAGAAUCGAAAAGAAUGUUAGAAGACCAACAUCCGUCGGCUUAUCUUACAGUGGCAUCGACAAAGAACAAAAACGGAAAAAAACUCGGGGCUCUGGUCCAAAGGUCAACACCAGAAGCUCUCGAAACAGAUCAAGAGAAUGGGAAACAGUGGAGGCGGAAAAUAAACCUUUAAAAAGAAGUAGGAAAUAUACCCAUAACAAUAACGACAAGCUUGUUAAACAUGGCACAAACAUGCAUCGUAAAUCGAUUUCAGAGGAUAUAAGUGUCGAGGAUGAAGAUGGCUUUAUAGCUUCAGACCGGAGUGAAAGAGAUGAGAGCCCCACGGUUCCCGGACUGAGUUACAUCAUGGAUGAGAACGGGAUCAUGUGGGAUGACGGGGAUGACACACUGCCAGACGUUUCGGACUCCGAGCUUGAUAGGGAAAGUCCUUCUGGAACUGAAGCUAUAGCCACGAAGAACACAGUCCCUCGCGUACAGUCCAAACCCGCCAUCUCCAUUUCAACCGAUUUACCAUAUAUGCAACGCCAUGGACCAUGGCAUACUGUUGAUGACAAGCGCAAUAAGCCCGAUACUCAGCACUCAAAGCCGCGAAAAGCAAUAAGCAGAUCUAGAAGUUCAUCCUGCCCCAGGAAGGAUGAAAUCUCGGAAAGGUCCGUUAAAGUCCACGACCCAGUAUCAGACAGCAUUAAGAGUUACAUAUCUUCGGGAACCAAAUACGACGAAUUACCGACUGUUUCUAGAAUUAAAGGCGGAAAGAUGCUUGAAACGGAGAUGAAACACAGGAAUAAUUCGGUCCAAAAGCUCAAGCGAAAUAAUAGCUUUUUCAGACCAAUUAGACGGCCUUCGGUAGAAAAUAUUUCAGACAAAGAGGUUUCUUCGGGCGCGAAAGAAGUGUUUAUGUACACUAGAAAAUCUCCUGCAGUAAAGCCAAAUUACCCGUUUGAUUCUUCAUUGCCUUCCGACAUGAAUUCAGCGAUAUCCAAAACCAUAACUGAAGAUUCGGUGAGCGAAACUAUUCGUCGAAUAUCCAAGAAGUACGGCAAUAAACGUGCAAAGGAUAAUAAGUAUAUAAGACCGCGGUCGGUAGACGAUAAGAUCAAAGACCUUAAUGAGAAGUACAAACAAAAGAGAAAAGAUAUAAUAGACGGUAAAGGUGUGUCGCCUAUACAUCAAUCGACCAGCAAAAGUUUGCCGCAUUUCCGUACAAGUGACUUUGAAAGCAAAAUGACAGUAACUUCAUCUCAUGGCAGAACAUUCUCGCCCAAUCGGUCUUAUGAUAAUGUGAUCCAAAGUCCAAGUUGGGCGGACCGGUCCGAAGGUCAUGCUUCUAGUGUUAACCAUGUCCCAGUGAAAGCUAUGAACGCAUUGCAUGAAAGCAGUAAAGCCAGCCAGAGAAGAUGGAUAGAGUUUGAUCGUGAACACACAGAAUCAGAAAAUGGAAAACCGACUAUUAAAAAAAUCGUUGAAGAUCCAUUGACGAAAUCAGAUAUUUCUCCUGUACACACUUUACCUAAAAGGUCUAGUAAGCCAGAAGCUGUUCAUAAAAAGGCAACGCAAAAGUCUACGGUACCAAUUGAGCAGGAUUGCGUGGCUUCUGUAUCCAAAUGGGAUCCAUUCAGCAUACAUGCCGAACAAAACAAAACCGGGUCACCUUUGGUUGGGACUGUUGCACACGAAUCAGUCCAAGCAAAUAAACACGAACACCUGUUUACUGACGAAGUCGAUAAUACAGAGCCAUGUAAAAGUAUUGCAAAUAGUAAAGCACUCGACUAUCCAAAAGACGAUGGCUAUAGACUACUAAGCGAUGACAAUAGUGUCGCGGAAGAUAUUUCGGAAAGUAAUAUAUUGGACCUUUCAUUUAUGAAGGUGCUUAACGAAAACAUUGACUUAACACUGAAACAACCAAUGUCGGGUGACAAUAAAUCAGAAGUCGAGUCAUAUACAAACUUAGAAAGCAAAUUUGUAAAUGAACAACCGCCGAUAGGCAAAAAUUUUGAAGUUCAAAAACUCCCUCUGUUUGAAGACGUUGGUAAUUCAAUAAGAGAGGCUUUUUCGUCUGCUUUCGCGGAAGAAAUGGAAGACCCAUUUUCGGAUAAAAUGAGGUCAGUAGGUAAUACGGUUUUGGGCCACCAGGGGCCGUUGACUGACGACGAUUUCGAUCUUGACACUGACACAGAUUCAGUGCCGAAGGACUGGGGCAAGAGGAACAACCGAAACACAAUGUCUUCGGCUUCUUCACAAGCCUCGUUUGAUAUGAUGGAAGCAGUUCCGGUGCAGCGGCGGGAGGCGACGCGACGACGGCGGCGGGCGCUCAUAAGCAUCUUCUCAUUCCUGAACGCGGCAGCCCUCUGCGUGGCGGCCCGGGUGUGCCGCGAGUGGCGCCUUGUCGCCAGGAGUCCGCGACUGUGGGUCCGGGUGGCGUUGAGACACGAAAAAGUAUCAAAUGAGUUUCUAACUCGUCUCUCAAAGCGAUGUAGCCAGCUGAAGGUCCUGAUAUUGGAGGAUUUAUUGCCACGGAACCGACGGACGGACGAAUCUAUUGAAGAUUAUAACGAAAAUAUUCGUCACUCUCUCGAGUCCGGUAUUGAGCAGAUUUUCAAGAGAGCUGAGGCGACACUACACACCGUCUCCAUAGUAAAUUGUGGAACUCUGCUCUCCGCGAAGAGUCUCUGGAUAGCCAGCUGCUGCUGUCGGAUGUUACGUCACGUGACAUACCUCAGCGACCAUGACGUCAUAGGCCAAGAGGUCAUGUGGGCUCUGGGGUCGGGCUGUCGAGACUUGCAGACGCUGCGGAUACACCCCAUCAUGCCCUGUGCCAACGUAGAGAGGCUCACGACGCGAUGCGUGCAGAUGAUUGGUCAGUGCCUGUCGGACCUGAAGACCCUGAGCCUCGGCGGCAGACACAUAGACCUCAGCAGUCUCGUCUUCAUAGCAACACGUUGCCAGAAGCUGGAAAAUUUUGAGUUACACAACAUGGCAUUUAUCUCGAGCGACCUCGUGGACCAAAUGUGUCAAGGUGGUUUGAAGGCUCUAAAGGUGUUUGGUUUCCUAGCAACGCCGGUGGCUCCCGGCGCACUUACGAUUCUUCAAGUGCAAUGCUACCAGUUAAGGUCUAUCGUAAUUCGUCUGAAACCCGAAGAUCACGUGCAAACACCAACAACAGGGGACGCGUCUGCAAUCCUUGCGGUUCCUGAAUACAGGGAACUUGCAGACGGGUACCAGGAACUCAAAUGCAGCGCCGCUCUCCGCCAGAUCCUGACACUUCAAGUCGCCAAACCGGAAGUUCCGGAACAACGCGAGGAGCAACCGGUAGAACCGGAACCGCCUAAGUCCUUCUUCCAGCGCUUAUUUAAUUAAUAUCUAGCUUUCAGGGGUGGGGUGAUCGAGCGAAGCGCGGAAAAAAACAGCUCCGAAGCAACCAGUAUUUCAGCGUUUGUUGCCAUCUAACUGACAUGUUGGUGGCUGUCUAAGUCAAAUCACUCUGACGGUUAACGUGAAUCCAAUGUUCCUGUUACAUAUAUUGGACCUAUGUCGCUUUUUUCGUGAUUUCCCAUGUAAAAAGCAGCAUAAUAUUGUCAACCAGAGCCCUACUAGACGUUAUGGUAUCUCUCUUUAUAACAACACUUAACGUGUGUAACAGUGGUACUUACAAAAUUGAAAAAAAGCAAAGAAUGAGAGACGCAAUUAAUAAAAAAGACAAGCGAAAGAGAAACAAAGUAAGUGUCCAUUCGAACGGCUAUUUAACGUCAUGAAAAUAUUAGCUUGCUUGGCUAUUAUAAACUUUGUGUGAAGUGUUUGUAACGGUGAUAAAACUUUAACCGGAAGUUAGCUUGUGAUGUUUGCCGAGUAUUGAAAUACAUCGGAUUCUUUUGCGUUAUUGUGAAUAAAAUAUUAAAGUUU